GUGGAUGGAUGAGAAAGCAAGCCAUUAGAUUAGUCCAAAUGACAAUGAAUGAAUUGCUGCAAUCGGAUUGAUUGACAUAUAAUGACUCAAGUUGAUAGUAUUCAAGUUGAAUAUUCAGAAGACUAUGGAGAAAGAAUAAUAGAAUUGGAAAGUCAAAGCAAUGGAAAAAAGAGUUUAGUACUGUUAUCUUUGUUUCCAAAGCCUCAAUAUGCAAUGUAUUAUCUGGGGUUGUUUAUUUGUGUGGGAGGCUUCGUCUAUGGUUUGAAUGUUAGUCUCAUAAGUGGAGCUUUAUUAUUUCUGAAAACAGAUAUGAAACUCGAUACUCCACAAGAAUCCCUUAUUUCUAGUGGUAUGUCUUUAGGCGGUAUUGGUGGUGCUUUGCUGGCUAUUCCUUUCAAUGAAUAUUUAGGUAGAAAGUAUAGUAUAUUGAUUUCCUGUUUAUUUUAUACCAUAGGCGCUAUUUUAGAGGCUUCUUCACAUAGUUAUGGAGAAUUGGUUUCAGGUCGAGUUGUUCUUGGGAUGGGAGUUGCUCUAGGCACUAUGACUAUUCCUAUUUAUGCCUCGGAGUGUUUUCCUAAGAGUAGAAGAGGUGCUAUUAUAUCACUUUAUACUGUUAUGAUUAUGUUGGGAAUAUUAUCUGGUUAUAUAGUGAGUGCUAUAUUUCUUCAUGUGGUUGGCACUUGGAGAUAUAUUCUUGGUUCUUCUUUGGUAUUUUCUUCCUUGUUGAUGGUGGGAGUGUUAUUCUUUCCUGAAAGUCCUCGUUGGUUGAUGAGAAAGAAUCAAUUAUGCAAUGCCUAUAUCACAUGGAAAGGUCUUCGUGGCAUGGAUAGGGAUGAAGAACGAGAAGAAUUCUUCAUGAUGGAAAAAGUAUGUCAUAGUGAGAAGGAAGCUUCUCAAGAUCGCUGGAUAUUAUUUGACUUGUAUAGAAUUCCUUAUUGUCGCAAAGCAUGUAUUCAUGGAAUUCUAUUUAUGUUCUUUCAACAGUUUUCAGGUACCAAUUCUAUUCUUUAUUUUCUGGGUAGUAUGUAUAGAAAAGCUGGACUUUCCGUACAUGAUUCUAUCUAUGUGAGUAUGAUUGGAGGUGGAACUCUAUUUCUUUCUUCCAUUCCUGCUAUUUAUAUGGUGGACCGCUAUGGAAGAAGACCACUUUUAUUGAUUCUAACUCCUGGAGUUCUUGUGGGACUGAUCAUCAUUGGUUGUGCCUUUUUUAGUUGUUGUACAGACUCAUUGGUUGCCAUAUAUACUGUGGGAGUUGUAUUUUAUUAUAUAUUUUGGGGUUCUUCUUUAGGUCCUAUUCCAUUUGUGAUGAAUGCUGAACUGUAUCCCAAUUAUUUAAGAAGUUAUGGAAUGAGUUUAGGAAUUCUUUCCAACUUUAUUGGCAAUUGGAUAACAUCUUAUGCCUUUUUAGAAAUGACUCAGGCAAUGACCAAACCUGGAACUUUUAUAGGUUUUUAUGGUGGAAUUACUGCAAUAGGUUGGUUUUAUUUCCUCUUAUGGGUUCCAGAAACCAAAAAUUUGUCUUUGGAAGAAAUCAAAGAUAUUUUGGAUCGUCCUUGGAAAGAUAUUCUCAUUCACAAUAUAAAUCAAAGAAUGGGUUUCCAUCGUAAAAAUAACAACUAGUACAAAAGCUUCAGUUGAGUAUGUCAAUAAAAGGCAUAUCACAUUU